AUGGUUUCCUCCAAGACUUACACGCUCAACAACGGCGUCAAAAUCCCCGCCAUCGGAUUCGGCACCUUUGCCAACGAGGGCGCCAAGGGGGAGACAUACGCUGCCGUGUCCAAGGCGCUCGAGGUCGGCUACCGCCAUCUCGACUGCGCGUGGUUCUACCGCAACGAGGACGAGGUGGGCGACGCGCUGCGCGACUUCCUCGCCAAGAACCCGACGGUGAAGCGCGAGGACAUCUUCAUCUGCACCAAGGUCUGGAACCACCUGCACGAGCCCGAGGACGUCAAGUGGAGUCUGCAGGACUCGUGCGCCAAGCUGCGCGUCGACUACGUCGACCUCUUCCUGGUGCACUGGCCGAUCGCGGCCGAGAGGAACGACGACCGCACGGUCAAGAUCGGGCCCGACGGCAAGUAUGUCAUCAACAAGGAGUUGACGGAGAACCCGGAGCCGACGUGGCGGGCGAUGGAGGAGCUGGCCGACAGCGGCAAGGCGCGGGCCAUCGGCGUGUCCAACUGGACGAUCGCGGGCCUGGAGCAGCUGCUCUCGUUCGCGCGCAUCAAGCCGGCCGUCAACCAGAUAGAGAUCCACCCGUUCCUGCCCAACACGGAGCUGGUCCAGUUCUGCUUCGAUCACCAGAUCAUGCCGGCCGCCUACUCGCCGCUGGGGUCGCAGAACCAGGUGCCGUCGACGGGCGAGCGCGUGCGCGAGAACCCCACGCUCAACGAGGUGGCCAAGCGCAGCGGGCACAACCUCGCCCAGGUGCUGCUCGCCUGGGGGCUGCGCCGCGGCUACGUCGUGCUGCCCAAGAGCUCGACGCCCAGCCGCAUCGAGAGCAACUUCCAGGUGCCUGAGCUGUCCGACGUCGACUUCAACGCCAUCGAGGACGUCGCCCGCGGCCGCCACGUCCGCUUCGUCGACAUGAAGGACACGUUUGGCUGGAACGUAUGGCCACAGGAAGAAUAG